ACCAUCCCAGUCAAAGGCCCUCCAGCUCUCCACUCUUUCCUCAACGUCCAUACACACCCCACGUCUCCGUACGCCCUCAGUGCCUCACGUCGCCAAAAUGCAGAGGUGCUGUUCGUCUGUUCUGCCGCGAUUGGCAGCACCCGCGAAAGCUGCUGCCACCGCCGCCGGCGCCGCCCCCGCCCCCGCGCGCAGGUUCAUACACGAUAUCGCUAUCACCCGGACAGGAAAACCUAUCAUCAGGGUUCCCGGAGGUGGAAGGUCAUCGCUUGGAGGGCACACCGUCACCGUCUUUGGCGCCACCGGUUUCUUGGGCAGAUACAUUGUCAACAGACUUGCUCGAGUCGGAUGUACCGUUGUCAUACCUUACCGCGAGGAAAUCACCAAGCGGCAUCUCAAGGUCGCUGGUGACUUGGGCAAAGUCAUCAUGAUUGAGUACGAUCUGCGAAACACAAACUCUAUCGAAGAGAGCGUGCGGCACUCGGAUAUCGUGUUCAACCUCGUUGGACGCGAUUACACCACUAAGAACUUCUCCUACGAAGAUGUCCACAUUGAGGGAACCCAGAGAAUCGCCGAGGCCGUUGCCAAAUACGACGUUGACAGGUACAUCCAUGUCUCCUCCUACAACGCCGAUGUCAACUCGCCCUCGAAGUACUUCGCUACCAAGGGACAAGGAGAGAUCGAGGCCCGCAAUAUCUUCCCCGAGACCACCAUCGUCCGGCCCUCCCCGAUGUUCGGUCACGAGGACAGACUCCUCCACCCCAUUGCCCGGGGCACUGACUUCAUCAGUGCCAACUCGUGGAAGCAAAAGUCCAGACCCGUGCAUGUGAUUGAUGUUGGUCGUGCUCUCGAGAUCAUGGCUUACGAUGACUCCACCGCUGGUCAAACGUUCGAGCUCUUCGGAUCUCGUGAGUAUGCCAAGCACCAGAUUGCCCAUCUCAUCUACCGCAUGAUUUUGAAGGAGCGAAGGCGCAUUAACCUUCCCAAGCCCGUCGCGAAGGCCGCAGCCACAGUAUUGAACAAAAUCUGGUGGCCUACAUACGACCCCGAUGAGAUUGAGAGGGAGUUCAUCGACCAGAAAAUCGAUAGGACUGCUAAGACUUUCGCUGAUCUCGGAAUCACGGCGAGCGAAUUGGACGACAUGGCGUACCAGUACGUCAGAGACUACCGCUCCAACGCGUACUAUGACAUGCCGGCCAUGACGGCGAAAGAGAAGAGGGAAGAGAGGAAGUACAUGCACAUUACCGAGGACAUGUAAAUCUGCUUUACAAAUACUCUUGCCAAACCCUCAUAGAUGUAUAUACCUCUUCACAUUAGUUUUUCGCCAUUGCUGUAUGCGCAUGGGCUGUUGUGGUCGCCGCUGUCACUUCUUCGUGUGCCUCGGCU